UGCUUUUUAAAAAUGUUUUCAAAAUUUUAAUUUUGAAUAAAAAUUGAAAACCCAUCUGCCGGGUCCAAACCCAAUUCCAUUUGCUGUAACUUGUUUUCAAACGCGGCCGGCGAAAGCAUCCGAUUCUCGGUCAUCUUUAACCGACCAACUACUUCCUGACUUUUCUUUUCUCUUUUUAACUUCUCCCUUUUUUGCCGAUUUGAAAUAUUCUUGUCGAAUAAGGUCAUUCCAUUUUUGGUUCACCUUCGCGGAGGAUCUCAUCUCCAUGGCUUCUUCAGCUCUGGCGUACCCUUCAGAUUUCCAAAUUCCGUUCGAUCUCUUCAUCUCCAAGAAACAUCCCGGCCUUCCACGUGGCUAUCUCGGGUUGGCUGAUUCCAGCGGGACUAUCGUGUACAGAGUCAACCGUCGAUCUCCGAAGCACAACAGAGUGCUCCUCGAUGCCGCAGGCAAUCCCCUAAUUUCCAUGCGCGGCAGCCAUGAUGGAUCUUGGCAAUGCUUCAGAGGGGAUGGUAGUGGGGAGGAUUUGAUAUUCAGAGUUGAGAGAACACUGAAUACGCUUACUAGAACUGAGUUCAACAUAUUCCUCGGUGGUGCAAAUUGUGAAGACUCCACAGAUUUCAAGAUGAAAGGUUGCCCAUUCCAGAGGUCCUGCACCAUCUACAAAGGCAAUUCUAUAGUAGCACAGACUAGCCUCAUGUACAAGCUUGGGAAGGCUUUUGUUGGGAGGUGCAAAUUUCGACUAACCAUAUUUCCUGGGUCUGGUGAUCAUGCUGUGGUUAUGGCCUUGAUUGUAAUAUUUUUUGAUGGACGAAGAUUAAGUAACUGACUAAACAUAUAUGCCUAUCGUAGGUAUUUUUAUGUGUCUCUGUAUAAUGUUCGAGUCCAUUUCUCUUCUUGUUCUUUCCUAA